ACUUGUGCAUAUUCUGCUCCAGUCUACCAGUCGACCCAAACUUUUGAGCCAGGUUUCAUAAUCGUAAUUAAUUACACAGAUAGAGAAUCCACAUCAUUUGUACAUAAACGAAAACAAAAUGUAGAUCUGAAUAUAUACGUUUGUUCUCCGUUUUACUAUGCCAAUCAACCCCAACCGUUUAGCGUACGUAUUUAUCUGCACAAAAGUAAUUGAACCGAUAAAGAUCCCAUUGUCCAAGUACUUUUCGCCUCAAUAAAAACAGCCUGAUAUCCGUUGUCAUAAUUCAGUUCGGAUCGGAACACACGGAAGACAAGUGUGCAACUUUUCUUUUGUAGAAAGUUAACUUGAGGUGGGACCGGAAAAUACAUAAAUAAUUUUUAUUAGUUACAAUUUUAACUUGGGAUGGUUUCCGGCGUGCUGGUAGCCCUCGGAGCGGUACUCGUUGGACUGGUCUACUUUGUCCUUUUGAGAAAACCGAGAUGGAAAAAUGCUCCACCGGGUCCAAGUGGAAUACCUUUUCUAGGAAAUUUACUACAAAUGGACAAAUUUCAACAUAUUACCUUCAACAAGUGGGCGAAGGAAUAUGGACCACUGUACAAAGUGAAGCUCGCCUCGUUAAACAUGCUUGUCGUCUCAGACUACAAAAUGGUGAAAGAAAUCUUUUCCGAAUCCGCAUUUUCGGGGCGGAUGGACUUCACCGAUUUCGACUUCAUCAUGGACGGAAAACUGCACGGAAUUAUAAACACGGAGAGCGAGCAUUGGGAAGAACUCAGACGAUUUACGCUCAGACAACUACGUGAUUUCGGUUUUGGCAAGAAUUCCAUGGAGGACUCGAUCAUGCUGGAGGUCAACGACCUCAUCGAGGGACUAAAGGCUGCGAAUGGAAAACCAGUCAGUAACGUUAAAGAGAGGCUCCUUCUGGCUGUGGUGAACGCUUUGUGGGCCAUUUGCACGGGAAUCCGGCACAAACACAAUGACCGAGAGUUGAUUGGAAUGACGGAGAAAGCGAAUAAAGCUUUCGAAGGAAUUUUGGAAGGUGGUGGAGUCAUGCUAUUUAUGCCGUGGCUUGCCAAAAUGUUUCCAAACUGGUCUGGAUACGGUUUAGUGAAACAGGAAUUGCUCAAUUUUACCAAUUUUUUACGAAAACCGGUCAUCGAUCAUAAAAAGACGCGACAGGAGGACUUUGACCGAGAUUUUACCGACGUGUUUUUGAAAGAAAUUCAGAAAACUACUGAUCCAAAUUCCGCAUUUCAUGGACAAUUGGGAGAGGACAACCUAGCCGCAACUUUGGGCGAUUUAUACUUCGCUGGAACGGACACCACUUCCACAACUUUGUCCUGGAUGAUGAUCUAUCUCAGCAAAUUUCCCGACGUCCAAAAAAAAUUUCAGGCAGAGAUUGAAUCCAUUACGGGAAAUAGUAGACCCACCACGGUUUCCGACAGACCAAAAAUGCCCUACACUGAAGCCUUAAUCGCCGAAACCCUCCGAUUCUCCACUAUCACCCCGCAAGGCGUGCAACACCGGGCAAUCAAGGACCAAGAAUAUAAGGGCUACCUCAUCCCGAAGGACACCGUCAUCACGGCAAACGUAUUCCACAUCCACUUCGACCCCAAAGUCUGGGGAGACCCGGAGACCUUCAGACCCUCCCGAUUUUUGAGCGCGGACGGAAAAACGUUCAAGAAGCACGAAGCCCUCAUCCCUUUCUCGACCGGACGGCGCCAGUGUCUCGGCGAAUCUUUGGCGAGAGACAACCUCUUCCUAUUCGCGACCAAUAUUGCUCAAAGAUUUGAAAUCGUGUUCGACAAGGACGGCCCAGAUAACGGAUUCGAGUCGAAGUUGUCCUUUAUCUUAACGCCGAAACCAUUCAAUGUCAUUUUUAAGGAUAGAUUGGCAUGAGCUAAACCAGUUUCUGUUGUCAAAACGAAGGCAAGUCAGCGAGAAAAGCUGUUUUCUAUUCCAAAAUAUUUAUGUAUGUAGGUACACUGCAAAAAAAACUCUUCUAAUAAAAACAAGAAAUAUUUAUUUAGCAA